AUGACUGCCUGUGCGCUGUCGACACAAUUCGCCCACAAGUACGAAUUCGCCCACAAUUCCGAAUUCGCCCACAAGUCCGAAUUCGCCCACAAGUCCGAAUUCGCCCACAAGUCAGAAUUCACCCACAAUUCCGAAUUCACCCACAAUUCCGAAUUUGCUCACAAGCCCGAAUUCGCCCACAAUUCCGAAUUCGCCAAGAAGUCCGAAUUCGCCCACAACUCCGAUUCGCCCGCAAUUCCGAAUUCGCCCACAAGUCAAAAUUCGCUCACAAGUAAUAUUUCGCUCAUGUCAGAAUUCGCCCAAAAGUCCGAAUUCGCCCACAAGUCAGAAUUCACCCACAAGUCCGAAUUCGCCCACAAUUUUGAAUUCGCCCAAGAGUCAGAAUUCGCCCACAAGCAAGAAUUCGCCCACAAUUCCGAAUUCCACCACAAUUCCGAAUUUGCCCACAAGUCAGAAUUCGCCCACAAUUCCGAAUUCGCCCACAAUCAGAAUUCGCCCACAAGUCCAUAUUCGCACAAAAGUCAGAAUUUGCCCACAAGUCCGAACUCACCCAAAAGUCAGAAUUCUCCCACAAUUUUGAAUUCGCCCAAAAGUCAGAAUUCGCCCACAAGUAAGAAUUCGCCCACAUGUCAGAAUUCGCCAGAGUCAGAAUUCACCCACAAGUUAAAUUCGCCCAAAAGUCAGAAGUCGCCCACAAUUCCUAAUUCACCCACCAUUCCGAAUUCGCCCACAAGUCCAAAUUCGCCCACAAGUCCGAAUUCACCCAUAAGUCCGAAUCACCCACAAUUCCGAAUUCUCCCACAUUUUCAAAUUUGCUACAAGUCCGAAUUCACCCACAAGUCAGAAUUCGCCCACAAUUCCGAAUUUGCCGACAAGUCUGAAAUCGCCCCAAGUCUGAAUUCCGCCCCACAAUUCCGAAUUCGCCCAGAAGUCAGAAUUUGCCAUAAUUCCAAAUUCGCCCACACGUCUGAAUUCGCCCACCAUUCCGAAUUCGCCCACAAUUCCGAAUUCGCCCACUAG